UACUCCACUCCCUCCUCCCUAUUUUAAUGCUAGCUAAGAUGGUGGUUUGAGCGUAAAUUGUCUCCUCAAUACUAAGAAAAGACAGCGGCAAGAAAAAAAAAGACCUUGCUAGCUUUUUAAUUAAAACAGAACAACACGUCCACGGCUAUCCCAAGGGAACGCUUCGAGAUAUUUUGACAUUUCACACACAUUGGCUCGCAGUCCCCGCCCAAUUCGGUGUGACUCUUGGAGUGGAAUCCUAAGCUAAAUACGGACAGGCUCUGUGCUCCGUGUCCGCUUCAACGCUCAGCCUCGCCGCGCCGUAGGAUGUCCCAUAGCCCUGAAAUGAAGGACGACCCCAUGGAGUGCCCCCUGUGCAUGGAGCCGCUGGAGAUCGACGACGUUAACUUCUUCCCCUGCACCUGCGGCUACCAGAUCUGCCGCUUCUGUUGGCAUCGCAUCCGCACAGACGAGAAUGGCCUUUGCCCGGCCUGCAGAAAGCCAUACCCAGAGGACCCCGCUGUGUACAAGCCUCUGUCACAGGAGGAAAUCCAGAGGAUAAAGAACGAAAAGAAGCAGAAACAGAACGAGAAGAAGCAGAAGGUGACGGAGAACCGCAAGCACUUGGCCAGCGUCCGAGUGGUCCAGAGAAACCUGGUUUUCGUGGUGGGACUCUCGCAGCGACUCGCCGACCCGGAGGUCCUAAAACGACCCGAGUAUUUUGGGAGGUUUGGGAAGAUCCAUAAAGUGGUCAUUAACAAUAGUACAUCUUAUGCCGGGUCACAGGUCCAGGGACCGAGCGCCAGCGCGUACGUCACCUACGUCCGCCCCGAAGACGCUCUAAGAGCUAUACAGUGUGUGAACAACGUGGUGGUUGAUGGCCGAACGCUCAAGGCUUCUUUAGGCACGACAAAGUACUGCAGUUACUUCCUCAAAAGUAUGCAGUGUCCUAAACCUGAUUGUAUGUAUCUACAUGAGCUAGGAGAUGAAGCGGCUAGCUUUACGAAAGACGAAAUGCAGGCAGGGAAACAUCAAGAAUAUGAGCAAAAACUCCUCCAAGACCUGUACAAAAUCAACCCUAGCUUUCUACAACCUCCAGCGUGCGGAACGGAAAAGUCAAAGAGUAAAUCGGGCUUAACACAAAGACAAAACAGUAGCAAUGGCAAAGAUGGGUGGCCCACGUUGUCAGGUCAUAGCAAAUUAGCCAAUGGCCUUUCAGAGGACCGCAAGUCCCCUCCGCUGCUAGACUAUCUAGACCAAGAGGGUCUCGCCUCAGAUGGUCUCGAUGCAGACCUCGGUCCCGGCCAGUGCACUGCCAUGUCCCCCUUCUCCUCCAACUGUGACAGCAGCAGCCCCAGCGACAAGCCUUCCGAGUCGAUCGGCAUGGUGAACGGUGAUACUUUACAACAGAUACCCACAAGUGACUCCCCGUCCCCUCCCCCGGGUUUAACCAAGCCCAGCCUGGUGGUGCCCAUCAGCGUGUCUGACCUCACGGCCCGCUCGCCUUUCGAGGGCGCGGCGGCGGAGUCGCAAUCGCUCUUCUCGGACAACAGCAAUUUCAGACACCCCAACCCCCUCCCCACCGGUCUGCCUCCAUUUCCGAGCAACCCCCGCAGCGCUGACUGGCCCAUGACUCCGGAACCACACAGCCUCUUCACAUCAGACACGAUACCGGUGUCGUCUUCCACGGACUGGCAGGCGGCCUUCGGCUUUGGCUCAUCCAGCAAACAGCAGGACGACGACCUGGGCUUCGACCCGUUCGACGUCACCCGCAAAGCCCUGGCCGACCUGAUCGAGAAGGAGCUGUCCGUGCAGGACCAGAGCCCCGCCUCCCCGGGGCCUCGCGCCCAGGGAAACAAUCAUGGGCCCGGCCUGCCGCCCCCAAACGGCAACGCCGGCAACUCUCAUCAUUUCCCCGCUGGCAUGCCUCGCAUCCCGCAGCUCCAUCACAGAGCCAUCUACAGCUCGUGCAGUUUCCCUGGCACGCAGAGCGGCCAGGCCAGUCAACAGCAGCAGCAGCAGCAAGCCAGACACCCCUGGAUGGGCAUCCCCUCGCGGAAUAACCUCACACACUUGAACCACUCAGCCAGCGCUGCCUCACACAGUAAUUUCCUGGACCUGAAUCUGCCUCCUCAGCACAGCACAGGUCUGGGAGGGAUCCCCAUCUCAGAAAACAGCGGCUCUAUAGAAGGCCUAAAGGUGAAAGAGUGGCAAGAUGGCCUCAGAGCUCUCCUGCCCAACAUCAACAUCAACUUCGGGGGCCUUCCCAAUUCCUCGUCCUCCUCGUCCUCCUCGUCCUCAAACAGUGUUAACCACAUCGGUGGGCCGGCGGGCAUUUCACACAGUCUGAGCUGGGACAGCACGGCCAGCUGGAUGGACCCUGCGAUCAUCACAGGCAUCCCGGCCUCGGCAGGCACCAGUUUAGACUGUCUCCAGGAUGACAAUCCCCCACAUUGGCUCAAGUCCCUGCAGGCGCUCACCGAGAUGGACGGUCCGGCCAGCUCGGUGGCGGCGCCCGUCCCUCAGCCCCUCCACAGCACCCUCCUGGACGGCCACCUCCCCCUUCACCACAGAGCCGCCCCUGCCGGCUGGGGCCCCUACAUGCCCCCCGCCACAGCCAACCCCGUCAGCCACUUCCACUCCCCCCCGCCAGGCUUCCAGACCGCCUUCAGACCCCCGGGACAGCCCGCCACAGAGUUGCUACAGAGUGCCGCCGCGGACCGCCACUAAAUACAAGACUACAACCACCCAUUUAUCCCACUCAUCAUCUACCCCCAUCCCCCACCCCUUCUUUAUCUCUCAAAAGCGAAACACAUCAUUCUGCAGAGUAUGAAAUAUGAUUAACAAA